GUGUUUUAUUUUCGUUGGCAUAAUUGCAUUACCCAUACUUGAACUUAUUUUCCUUUUAGGAACAGAAGGAACAAGAAGAAAAGUCCAGCGCUCACUCAGAACUCGAAUCGACUCGGAGGUAAUAAGGUGCGAAACAAAUCCUUCACAACCCUAAUUCCUCUAUUUGUGUAACGUGUGAAGAAGAAGCCCUGGUUUUUUUUUGCAUUCUGGUAAGCAAAAACCCCUCAUCGUUUCGUCAAUUUUUCAUGAUUGGAUGCAGAGGUUGAUUUUAUAAUCAGGGUCUUUCUUUUCUGAACACAAAAGUAUUCAAUACUGGGAUAGGAAGUUAUUUGAUUGAUUUUCUCCAGAACCCAAUUCCCAGUUUGAUGUUUUGGGAUGGUGAAAUGUGUAAAUUUCAGAUUUUGUAGAGAGAUCUUAUAAUCAGUUUUUGUCUGGUUGAUGAGAGUAGAUCUAUAUAUGUUGAUCUAUUGUCUUGAAAAUGGGUUUUUGACUUUUUGGUUGUUGGGUUUCAAAACCCUUUAUUUGUUAGGGCUCAAUUUAUAAUGUUGGAAGUUGCAUAGAAAGUUUGAAUUUGUGUGAAUUGCAAUACUGAAGUAAAUAACUUGGCUUGAAGCAUUCUAAAGAGUGAGUGCGUGUAAGGCCUAAGAUGGGGAAGCCACUAUUCUAUGAGAUCUUGGAAAAACCUGCUACAAGUUGUAUUAUAGGAAUAUGUACUGCAAUUUGGUUCUAUAUUCAGAAGAAAAAUAUUGGGUAUUCACAUGUGGGUUUAAGUUAUGAAACUGCCAUUGAGGGCCACCAUUGGAGGAUAAUAACAUCAGCAUUUUCCCAUAUAAGCAUUCUUCAUCUUGUUUUCAAUAUGAGUGCACUUUGGAGCCUUGGCGUAGUUGAGCAAUUAGGGCACAUGGGUCUUGGCAUGGAAUUUUAUCUCCAUUACACACUUGUCUUGGUAGUCUUAUCAGGAUUGCUGGUAUUGGGGGCAUACCAUGUUUUGAUCCAAAAAUUUAAGCUAGAGUAUUUUCGGAGGGUGACUGCUGUUGGGUAUUCUUGUGUUGUUUUUGGCUGGAUGACAAUCCUUUCGGUGAAGCAACCAUCUUCAAAGUUGGAACUUUUUGGGUUUCUUUCGCUUCCCAUCAGUUUUGCACCAUUUGAAUCACUCAUUUUCACUUCAAUAAUUGUUCCACAAGCGAGUUUUCUUGGGCAUUUAUCUGGGAUCAUUGUUGGGUACUCUAUUGCAUGGGGUUUGAUCCAUGGGAUGAACAAUUUCUGGGCAGUUUCCAUGUUGGGAUGGAUUGUGCUUGUCUUUGUGUUCAGUUUGAAGCAGUCUGGUACAUUUGAUUUCAACUUUCUUGAGAUUGAACCCGUCACAGAUCCUUCCUUGCCUUCUGUACGUAUUCUUGGUUCAGGAAAUGGUAGAACCUUGCAGAUGACUUCACUGCCACUUCCUGGUGCUGAUCUUGUGUAGCUCUUGGCAGAGUCAACCAUUUCUUGUGAAAUCAAGCUUGAAUUGGGGUAGUCCGCUGUUUACCUUGAGCAUUUUUCUCCCAAACCAAGCCUUAGCAGGAUGUUCAUGGAUAGCCGAAGAUUUGCAGAUUUUCCAUGUUUAUACUGUGAAACCGUCAUAAACCUUUCAACUGCAGUUUUAUCAACUCAUUAGCUUGUUUAGUAAGUGUCAUUCUUUCAUUAUCAUGUGUAUGGAAGGUUAAUGGAUAUAGUUGUUCUUCAAUGCUUUGUUUAUUUUGUGCUAGAGUACAUUUUUAUGGUCAUUUGGUUCUUAUGGUCCUGCCAAGUUCAAUGACAAUUGUUAUGUACACCUAUGUUUCCUAAAAGAAAAGGGAAAAUUGAAUUGGUCUGUUUCAAAUAUGGCCCUUGAUCUAUCAAAUCAAGGAAUAAGAAAAAUGUGUUUUGUGUGCUGCUUUUUUCA